CGGACAGCGGCGUUGGAGAAUCAUUCAGCAGACGGAGAACGAGAGGAACAAAGAUGGAGCGACUCAACUUACUCGUCUGUCUCGCCGCCGUUUGUGUGGCUUCAACUCUGGCCGGGGUAGUGGACCCCAGAGGAAACCGACCGGUGGAGCCCGGCACCAGAUCUGAUAAAUGUGCCCCAGAGAAGGAGUGGCCUUUCUGCACAGACGACCAAUGGGGUCCCAAGUGCCCGUCGGGCUGCAGGAUUCAGGGUCUGAUGGACCAAAACGACCACAGCGCCCUGAAGAGGAUCGAGAAGAUCCGCAGCCUCCUGGAUCAAUACAGGGGCAAGCACCGCUCCGCCGACCAGGUGACCAAACAGACCUACGACAUCCUGAAGGACAAACUCACCCUCGACACCGGUAACGACAACAACUACUACGACCUGGCCCAGAGUCUCCGUCAGAGAAUCACCAACAUGAAGAUCAAGAUCGACCGACAGCUGGGCGUCCUGGCCGCGCUGAAGAACCGGGUCAAAGACCAGGUGGUGGAGAUGCAGAGGCUGGAGGUGGACAUCGACAUUAAGCUCCGUUCCUGCAAAGGAUCCUGCCGGAGCUACAGCCAGUACGAGGUGGACCACGAGAGCUACGUGGCACUGGAGAAACAGGUCAACCAGCUGGACUCCCAGUCGGCUCAGAACAUCGAGUCCGUUGGGACGCUGUACGUGAUGAAGAGCAGGCCGAUGAAGGGCGUCGUUGUGGAUGACAUCUACAAGUCGGGAAAAGUGGACGGCGUCGCGGUGGGAGAGCAGAGAGAAAACAUGUUCCCCGAAGUGCAUAUGGUCCAGUUGAUGCUCGAGCAGGAGGGCUCAAGCUCCUCCCCGGCAACCAUCUCCAAGCCGUCAGGUACUGACUUCUCUUCAGGCUCUGACUUCUCUUCAGGCUCUGCCUUCUCUUCAGGCUCAUCGUCCUCCUCCACCCACUCUUCCUCCUCCUCCUCCUCUUCCUCCACCCCUUCUAAAUCCAUCACCGAGAUCGGGGGCGAUUUCUUCGACAUGGGCGGCGGCCCUGGAUAUCCCAGCACAAGCCACGUGUCCACCCAAAGCAUCAGCUGCACCAGGACCAUCAAAACGCACAUCGUCUCCACGAAGGACGGCCCUGUGGAGAGGAGGGAGGUGGUGAUGGAGGGAGGCCCCGGGUGCCAGGCGUUGACGGACCACACCAAUGGAGGAGGGAUGAGCUCCUUCUUCCCCAGCUUAACAUCCUCCUCCUCCUCCUCCUCCUCCUCCUCCUUUUCUUCUUCUUCUUCUUCUGGGACCAAGACCGUCCACGACGGUAGCAAGGGAAGCCUCUUAGACACCAAAUCUCUGCUGGGGGAUGCAUUUGGCGGUGACUUCGGACUUCUCAGGGGGGACGCCGCAGAGGAUGACGUCCCCGAUUUCCACGCCCGGAGUGUGAAGAGCACUCGCACCGAGCGGCAGGCCGGUUAUGUAGGAACAGAUUGUGUCGAGGCCCACCAGAACCACCUGAAAGGGGAAUCGAACGGCCUGUUUACGAUCAAACCCGGCGGCACGGACUCCGCACAGGUAGUGUUGGUUUACUGCCAGCAGGAGGGGCUAAUGGGCGGGUGGUUGCUAGUCCAGCAGAGGGAGAGCGGCGCGCUGGGCUUCAACCGCUCCUGGGCCGAGUACCGCGGCGGGUUCGGCUCGGUCGACGCCGGGGGCAAGGGGGAGGUCUGGCUGGGCAACCAGAACCUCCACCUGUUGACGAGUCGGGGCGAGAGCAUGCUGAAGGUGGAGCUGGAGGAUUGGGAAGGGGGCGUGGCCAGCGCUGAGUACACGAUCAGGGUCGGCCCGGAGGAGGAGGGGUACCCGCUGCACGUGUCCGGGUACACCGGGGACGCCGGCGACGCCCUGGUGGGACGCCCUUUGGCAUCCCACGCAGGGAUGAAGUUCAGCACCUUCGACAGAGACAACGACAGGUCGGAGGGGAAUUGCGCGGAGGUUUACGGGGGCGGGUGGUGGUUCAACAACUGUCAGUCGGCCAACCUGAACGGGAUUUACUAUAACGGAGCGUUCAAACCGGGGAACAACGAGGUCGCAAACGGGGUCGUGUGGGCGACGUAUAAACCGCCCAACUACAGCCUGAAAACCGUCAGGAUGUUUAUCCGACCGGCUGCUUUUUAGUAGGACAUCCAAUCACAUAAAAUAUUCACUUUUAUGUAUUUAAAAACAUAAAAGUGUGUUUUUAAAUACAUAAAAAACAACAAGAAACAACAAGACAGGAAAUCAAAAGUGCCCUCAGACCUUCAGACUGUCGAUCAGUCCGUUAAUCAUUCUGAGAUUUCAAAACUCAAACGGCGUCGGUGUGUCGACAUGUCUGUUUUUGUGUGUUUAUUUUAUUUGUCAUCACUCUGUGUAAAUGUCACCGACCUGUUUAUCUCACCGGUGUUCUUGGAACGAGACCCGAUGUUGCCAAACUUGUGUACGGAGCAAAGACUGAACUCUGCUCGAUCAAUAAAGAUUCAAUGUUCACUUCAA